GUGGCGGCGCCGCCCCCGGGCCCGGCCAUGGUGCAGGCCCGGUACAUGGAUAAGUCGGCCGACGACCCGCGGCGGCCCCACCGCGGGGAGCCCGCACGUCCGGUCGGCCUGGAGCAGCUGCGCGGGCUCGGGGUCCUUUACUGGAAGUUGGAUGCUGACAAAUAUGAGAAUGAUCCAGAAUUAGAAAAGAUCCGAAAAGAGAGAAACUACUCCUGGAUGGACGUAAUAACCAUAUGCAAAGACAAACUACCAACUUACGAAGAAAAGAUUAAGAUGUUUUAUGAGGAGCAUUUACACCUGGAUGAUGAGAUUCGCUACAUCCUGGACGGCAGUGGGUACUUCGACGUAAGGGAUAAAGAGGACAGGUGGAUCCGGAUCUUCAUGGAGAAGGGAGACAUGAUCACUCUCCCCGCCGGGAUAUACCACCGCUUCACGCUGGACGAGAAGAACUACGUGAAGGCCAUGCGGCUGUUUGUGGAAGACCCAGUGUGGAUGGCGUACAACUGGCCGGCUGACCACUUCGAGGCCCGCGGGCAGUACCUAGAGUUUCUGGCACAGACGGCCUAGAGGUGCCCUGGGGCCUGGCGCACCCCGGCCCCCCUUGUGAAGGUCCCAGACCUGAUGGCAGCAGAAAAUCAGUUGUAUUCUCUUUGCUUUUGUGUUGUAGACUUGAGGGU